GAGCAGCAAACAAAAUGAUAAAAGUAUAAAUCACGAAUAUGAAUUGUUAAACUGAAACUAAAAAACAAAUGAGUCCACAAGGUGUUAGCAUGGUCCAUUGGGCACAGAAUCAGAAUCCUUUCCGACAUUUGAGAGCAUAAACCCACAUCCCAUUCGCUCCUUCCACUUCCUCUUUUUUCUUCACUUAUUCCUUUUUCUUCAAUUUCAGCUCCGUUUGCUCACAAUUUCUUGAAAAAUGGAAGGCGCGGACGCCAGCAAUCAUAGUAAACGGAGUUUCCGAAGAAACAGUAACAGCCACAUAUCCAUGUCGGACACCGAGUCGAUGACGAGUCAGGUCGACUCGUGGCACUCGCCUCUCCGUUCCGAGUCGCCGCUCCGCUCCGACGAUCCCACUUUCCGGCCGGAAAAUGAUGAUCCUGGCGACAAGAACGACAAGGCCAUAGUUCUGGUGGACAAGUACUACUCCCCCGUGCCGUCUCCGGGGAAAUCCGGCAUUCCGGAGAGUUCUCCGGCCGCCGUGGGCAAGGGCUGGCGGCGCUGGCCCCACUCGGAAAAGCCCGCAUCAGAGAAUCUUGAUAUUCCGGUGAGCGCUCCGCCGCGAGGCGGAAAGGAGGGGGAGAAAGUAAACCGUCCGGCGGAGAAUCUUGAGAUUCCGGCGACGGCGGUUGUGGGGCUUAAUAAGUUUGUGAGGGAGGAGCCGCCUGCGGCCGUGAAGAAGGUGGGGCCGGUUGGUGGUGGUGCGACGUUGGAGGAGGGGUACGGGGGGGAUGUGGUGGGUGGGGAGCGGCGGUCGAGGGCGGCGGUGGAGUCGAUCUUGAAGAGGUCGGGGAGGAAUACGGCGGUGAGGAGGGUGGCGCUGGCGUUUCGAGUGUUUGAGGUGAUUGCUUGUUUGAUUUCAUUUUCGGUUAUGGCUGCUGAUAAGACUGAAGGAUGGAGCGGCGAUUCCUUUGAUCGGUAUAUCGAAUACCGAUACUGUCUAGCUGUAAAUGUUAUCGGAUUUGUGUAUUCUGGUUUCCAAGCUUUUGAUCUGGCUUUCUAUUUGGGGAAGGGGAAGCAUGUCUUCGUCCACCAUCUUCGUCACCAUUUCGACUUUGCAAUGGAUCAGAUUCUCGCGUACCUUCUGAUGUCAGCAUCAUCUUCGGCUGCCACCAGGGUGGACGACUGGAUAUCAAACUGGGGGGCAGAUGAGUUCACAUUGAUGGCUAGCGCGUCAAUUGCCAUGUCGUUCCUAGCUUUCCUCGCCUUCGCCCUCAGCUCCCUCAUAUCUGGUUACAACCUCUGCGACCAGGAUGCUACUUGAUAUCUCACCCCUCUGCAUUUUAUAUACUUGCACACCCUCCAGAAGCUGUACAUACACUAUGAGGUAUAUAUAGUAAUCUUUUUUUUUUUUGGGGGAAUUACUGAAUGUAGGAUUAGAAUAUAUGAUAAAUAAAACGAUUCUGAUGCAUGAAGCAUUGUGUCGUCAAGCCAAUUUAGUUGAUCUAUUGUAGAAAUAGAAUACCAGAUAUGUGGCAGGGAAAAGAGAUGACACUCUUCAAUUUCAUUAAAUUUUCUACCAAGGAGAAAUAACAGCUGGAAAUGUCUUGUUUUA